AUGCCCACCGACAUCUCAAUCCUCGUCUUCGUCGCCUCGCCACUCGACUACGCCCGAUACCGGCAUACAGCUCUAUUCUUCGACUUUGCGCAAACACAACGGCAAGAGACAGACAAGAAGGACCACCCAGCGGUCCUUGAAAAUGGGAUCAAUACCCAGACUGGAAAUGAGCUACGGCUCAAGAAUGCGGGAAAUGCAGGCGCAGAUGUAGAUGGAUCUCCAUCUCCAUCUACAGACCCCGCCUCCUCCUCCUCCUCCUCCCCCUCCUUCGAGGUUAAAUCAUGUUUGAUGGAAAUCACCGGAUCACCAGGAUUCUACAACUUUGCCGAACACAUAAACUCCGACAUCCCCAUCUCCUCGUCCAGUACGUUCCAACCACCCCCGUCUCUCUCCAAACCAACCCAAACCACCGCUAACCCAACCCGCCUCUCCAACACAGCUCUAGCCCGCGUAAUCCCCGUCUCCUCAAUAAAAACCGCACCCCCGCCCGCCCUCCGCCUCAUAACAUCCGAAACGCCAAUCCCCAUCGACAUCGCAGAGGAAAUGGACUGGAAUUCGCAGAAUUGGGUAGGUGAUGCGCUGGGUCGGCUUGUUACGGCGGGGUAUUUGGAUACGAAGGAUCGGGAUCGGGCGUUGGAUGAGAUGGUUGAUGUUGUCUUGGAGGCUAAGGAUGAGGAGACUUCGGGCUCUUUAUGA